AUGGCAAACCGAGAACCUAAGACCGGAGAUAUCAAACCGGGUAGGCUGCCCGUAGAUUCAAAAGCCUACCGCCGGAAGAGAGCAGAUAUUGUUAAGGCAACCAAAAAACAUGACAUUGAGCAGUUAGCGAAGCUUGCCACCUCGGAAGGGGGUUUGCUGGAGGAUGAUAUCCGGAAACAAGUUUGGCCAAUUCUCCAGGGACAUGUACGUGCAACCCACACUCAGGAACUUCCGCCACUGUCUGAGCUGCCCAACCAUGGCGAUGAGAAUCAGGUCAAACUAGAUGUGGAUAGAUCAUUCGUCUAUUACCCCAACUAUAAGACCGAGAAACAGCUAAAGGACAAAAGAGACGAAUUAUUAGACUUGAUUGUAUCGGUCUUGCGGCGAAACCCUAUGCUUUGCUAUUUCCAGGGGUACCAUGACAUUGCCCAGGUCCUGCUUCUCGUCCUUGGCCGUAAACAUGCUUACCAAGCUCUGGAACAUAUAUCUCUCUUUCGCAUAAGAGAUUAUAUGCUUCCAUCUCUAUCUCCCGCACUUACGCAUCUUCAAUUACUGCCUGCCAUCGUCACAUCCGUAGACCAGAAACUUGGCCAGCACUUAGCUGGCACCAAACCAUUUUUUGCCCUUGCUGCCACCCUAACGCUUUACGCACAUGACAUAGAGGAUUAUGCUCAUAUUGCCCGACUUUACGACUUUAUCCUCGCCCAUGAGCCAGUUGUAUCAAUAUACCUGUUUGCUACCAUCAUCCUGUCAAGAAAAGACGAACUGUACGAUAUCCCUCCUGACGAGCCUGAGAUGUUUCACGGCAUCCUGUCAAAACUACCCCGCCCACUAGACCUCGAGGCCCUGAUCUCGAGUACAGUGCAAAUAUAUCACGGCCACCCACCUGAGAAGCUCCCCUGCAGUGCGUGGAAAUCCAUACCCUCCUAUAGUGUGCUUAAAACGCUGAGAAACCCUGGCUUGCAGUCGACCCCGGAGCAAGCAAGGGGCUACUUUCGUCAGCAGAUCCGAGGUCUGCAGCGGAAAAAGAUGCGCAAAGACGCAGUAUUGCUUAUUCGAAAGCACUCUUUUUCCAUCAAGCUCGUUGGCGCCACCGUUGCUGUCGGGAUACUCUCAUACUGGAUGAUGAAGCGAGAUCCUGACCUUAUAAAACAUCUCUGGCGUUAUCUAGGACCUCUGAAGACUACCUUGGGGCUAUGA